AUGUGGGCCAAAACACAAACCGUGAAGCAGCGACACCUACUUAGGUGCAAGAAACAGCAGUCGUCCCUCAUUUCGAAGGGCUUUCCGUGCAGUUGUGCAUGGAUAUCUGGGAUGGAGCUAGGCGUGCUGCCAGAUGAGGACGCAUGGCUGGGCGAAGUUGCAGUGUCGCAUGAGGCCGAUGUCCUUAAUAUGACGGCUGCUAAAAUGACAGCCCAUGAUGAGUUUGAGCUUUACUGCGUUCAGUCCGAACUAUUCGACAUGAUCGACGUGUGUUUUGAGUGUGAGCUUCAGACGUACCACAUCGCAGGGGAUGAGGAUACGAAGGAACCAGGCUCCCGACUCGAAGAUGUAUCGCUUUGGUGCGGCUAUACAAUCAAGGACGGUCAUGGUAGUGCCGGUGUUCAUCCGGGUAAGGGUUUCGAACAAGCCCUCUUCCAAGACCCGUUCCUGGUUGAGCCUGACUGUUAUGCUGAGCCUCCAAAGUGCGAACCGUCAAUUUCAUGCACACCUACUUCAACUUCAAGUUUCUCAUGUUUUGCGGGCGGAGUCACUUUCUUUGCUGCGGUGCUCGAGGAUUGGGGUUUCAACCCGUGGAGCGGGUGCAGAGUGGGGGAAGCGAAAAACCCAGGACCUGCUGCUAUGUCCAUUCUGGGAGCUGACUUCCUGGAAGAGAUCAAGAUCAUGAUACGGGAAAUGGUUCAACAGGCAAUCCGUGAGGCUUUCACUGCUGGCCCGUCUCCCAGUGCCCGAGAUGGGGCUCGCGAAUGCAAUGAGUCUAACGACGAUGAAGGCAAGCGCAAAAGGCGACGACGUGAUGGCAAAGGCGAAGGGGGCAAAUCAGGACAACCAGAGCAACAGGCGAGUGGUGCUGAUCUUCGCAGUUCUGAUGCUUCCUCAGGGACUACACCUAGCAGGGGUAAAGGCAAAGGAAGUUCGGGCGCUGCGCGCAAGGUCCUUUUGUCUGACGCCGCUGACAAGCAGACCAAACAAUCCGGCCAUAAAUCCCCAGACAAGGAUGGAUGGAUCAAGGUGCAACGAGCCCCGCCAGUAGGUGAUUUCAAGCUUCGACCUCAAGACUGGGAUUCAACUAUCGUCCAAGUCGACAAUUUCGCUUCUGAGUUGGAUAGUGCAGCGAACGAUGCUGUUUUCAAAGCAGUGGUAUUGUGCAAUACUGAGGAGCAGGAGCUGAUCAAUACUAUGUUGGCAGGCACGGCGAAGAAACAUAGUGUGCUCACCAUUGUCUUGGGCAAGUGUGACAAGGCUCAGCGCAUUCCAGGUAAGAUUGGAGACCGUCUUUGUUUUCGAGAUGGAUUGGCCACGAAAAUCACCUCGCAGAACACCGCGGCCCCACAGCCUACAGGAAUGAAACAGCAACAGGUCCAGAUCGCAGCCAAGGCUACACAGGUCAUCAGUGUGCGAGUCCCGUCUCUUUUCAUGGAGCGGGAAAAAUGGGACAUGUUUGCAAAAAAUCCAUCAAAGUCAAUAGUGCAAUGGUGCGGGGACCAUCACGUGCAAACCAUUGACACUUUUGCGUGGAAGGAGGAACAAGAUCAGCGCAUGGGCCGUCAGCUAUACGGGUUGGUACGCUUACUACAAGUGGACGUGACUACAAUUCUUCGUGCUUCAGGUCAUGGGGGAAUUUUUAUUGAAGACAUUUCUCGGAAAACUCGGGCCGCGGUAGAGUGGAUCUCCCGUAUCUCAUCGGACGAGCAACACCACGCGCCCUCAGCGGAUGAGGCAGUGGCCACAGUAUGGAUGCUGGAAUCCAUCCCCAAGGAGUGGGACACGGACCAAAUUAAGGCCAAGGAUAAUCGAGAUCUCGUGCCGGUAGCUGUUGAGUACAUGGGUGCUGCUAUGACGCUAUGGGCAGUUCUUGCACCUCCCCGCAACACACCUCGCAAACAAAGGCCGCUUCGAGGAGCAACCAUGAGCUUGGAGGCCAAACGGUCAAUACUAGACCCAAUUGCGGAAGCUGCAGGUGUGACUGGUGGGACAGAGGUAUCGCAGAAUGCACAGAAAGAGGAGUCUGUCGCCAAGAGACCUAAGGUUGAGAAACGCAAGAUACCGACUGGAACAAAAUUGCAAAGCAUGCCUGGUGAUGGAUCUUGCGGUUUUCAUUGCUUUGCUGAGGGCCUGAAGAUUUUGUCGAAAGACAAACAAGUUGUUCAUCCUCGGGAGAUGCGAGCAAAAGUUGCGGCCCAUCUCCAGCGAUAUGAGAAGGAGUACGUGCAUAUGUGGGAUGGAACAGGACCGAGUGGACAGAAGCUGCCUUCAUGGAAUGAGUAUGUUGAGGCUGUGUCCAAAGAAUCCGCAUAUAUCUCGGAGAUGGAGAUUGCAGCCUUAUGCCGGAUUUAUGAUAUCCGGGCCAUUUUAGUGCCGGAAUGUGCAUCUUUCCCUCCAGUCACAUUUCACAUUAAGCAGCAAAAGCGAGUCAUCGGUUUGUGGCACACGCAUCAACACCUUGACCUCUUGCUACCUGAUGGUCAGACAGGCUACCCAAAGGAACUGCUGGAGGUCAAGAACGGGCCAACUUUUGGCGUUCGAGUUGGAGGCGCAGAGUCUGAAGCUGGUACCGUUUGGACUUCGAGGGCCUCUCAGGUAAAAGGAGCCAACAUAGUCCCUAGCAGUAAGCGUUCUUUGGAAGGUACCGUGUGGACUAACAAGACGGCUCGCAGUAGCGCAGCUGGCAAACGCAACGCAACUUCGCAGCCGGAUGGACUAGACAGCAGGCCUCAUGGAACUGCCUGCCAGCGCACUAUUUGGACGACAAGUGCCAAUUCCCUCCCGAACCUGCCGGCCAACCCCGACCUCGAACAUGACAUCGAUGCUUUGGAUAGCAUGAUCUCGGAGAGCUUGCUUGACUCAAAUAAUAGCAUCCAAUCCAACAAGAAGCGCAAAUGUCCUUGGCGUGUUCGAGACCCGAUGCCAGUUGAUAAGAUUUUUCGAUGUAAGCUCUGUCCCUUCCAGAAACCGGUCAAGGACGCCAAGAGUUACAUCAACUGCCGAGCUAAGCACUGCAACACACAUCAUGAAGGCAAAGGUCUACCAGGAAAGCAUUUCCGACCCAUGAUGGAGAACGUGAACGGGGACCUUGAACGUUUCUUUUGGAAGUGCCCAAUCUGUCGAAAAGGCGUCACUAAGGAACUAAGGGCGAAGAUCAACGCGAAGGCCUUUGCCGCUAUGAAACGCGCCCAUGGAGCUGAGCAGCAUCCUCGAAUCGAUCGGGCACGAUGGUUGAAAAUAGCCAAGAAGCCCAUGGACAAGGCCAAAGUCUCAAAGAAGCACCGGUUCCAGAAGCUGAAUGCCAAAGUGGUCAAUCACCUGCAGGCGCCGCCAGUGCCAACGACAAAAUUUCGCAUGUAUAUUUGGCCACAUGCCAAGUGCACCAAGAAGAAGAUUACAGGCCUUGAGUGCGAGUUCCACCUUGUCAGCAUCUUCCUCAAAAUCGCGAGUUUGAAUGUCAAUCGUAAAGGUGUGUCCCUCUCCAACCUCAUUGAUGAUUUUGCCAGUGGAAUUGGUGCAGAGUUACUUUCAAUACAGGAAGCUGAUGUGAAUCCGCUGUCCAAACUUGGCUACUUGAAGGAAUGGAGAAGCCUUGGAGCCACCGCUAUCCUGAGUCAGCUGGAUGAUGGCGCCAACUCGCACAGGGUAGCACUGGUCUCCAAAUUGCCCAUUCAGCCGGUGACCCUGAAAACCGAAUUGGCCUCCACUAGAUACUCUGCGGGUCUCAUUGAUUGCCGCAUUUCUGGCCGAAUUUCAAAGGUCCUGAUGGUUGCUUUUUAUGGAUUUCCCAAUGACGCACAUGCCACUUCUCAAGCUCUGUUGGAGGUUUUUGAAGCUGUUAAGAGGUUUGGUGGUGCUUUCAUUUUAUUGGGGGAUUACAACAUGACCCAGGAGGAGGGCGCCGUCAGAGAUUUACUGAUGGAGGGAAGUGCUCGAUCCUUGGAUGAGAUGUUUUUGGGCCCCCUUCCCCCUACAAAUCCGCUGAACACCAGACGUAUAGAUUUUGGCUUGGCAGACUCCACGGUGUUGGCCACGGACGUCCAACAUUUCAGGCGUUGUGAGCUUUCUGACCAUGCCAUCAUCUGCUAUAGUCUCGACAGCAGUGCUCUUUCCACUGGCCAUGCGCAGCCAACCUUCGCAAAUUUGUCCCAAAAUGAUCCUGAAAAAAUUGCCCAAUCGUUUGAGCUGAGCUGGGACAUCCACCGGUUUGAUAGUUACCUUGACUCUGGCGACCUGGAUGAAGCGUGGCGCCUUUUGUCAGAUGCUGGGGAGGCCUCGCUGGCCAACAAGGAAAAUGCCGGACAGUGCCAGGCCCGAAGCGAAGCAUGGAGUCCAAAGCAGCGGCCCCUGGUUAAACAGUCUGUGCAUGUGCGUGGCCAUGAGUCCCAAGGUGUUCGAGGCCUUCGAAGACUCACCACACGCCUCCGCCAACUUCACCAACAACGGCAUUGUGAUGAUCUACGUGAGGCCAUUGUUCAGUCCCUUCCAAAACUCCGCAAAUUAGUACCAGAGCUGCCUUUUUUGCCCGCCGGAUGCCUGGAAGAACAAGUGGAUGCUGUGCAGCAAUUAUAUGAGCGUUACCUGGCGCAGGAACAAGAGGCUAGGGUCCAACAGUGGCGAUCACGCACCAAACAAAAUGUGGUGCGCCAAAUAUCGUGGGUGAAACGCAAGGCAGAUGAGGCCCUUCGAGCUGAGCAGCAACCGCCCCCUAUUGAGUCAGCGCCGGUGUCUAUUCAUCCCACGCUGGUCCUCAAAACCCAGGGCAAGAACUGGAAGGAGAAAUGGACUGCCAAACCUGGUGACAUCAACUUUCAGGCCAUCAGGGAAAUCUUGGAGGAAGUGCCCCAAGUCCAGCCUUCCGAAAUUCAGUUGCAGAUGACUGCCUUGGAACUCAAGGAGGCAGCGAAGCAAAUGAUAAAUAAAGCCACCGGAGCGGACCAAUGGUCCGCGAAAUCGAUGUUGCGACUACCAGAGCAAUGGUGGGAUGGACUAUGUCGACUGUGGAACAAAAUCAUUGUUCUGGGAUAUAUACCUCGACUUUGGAGGCGGGCGGUUAUUAUCCUGUUGCCAAAGAAAGUCGAUGAAACACGUCCCAUAGCAUUAAGCUCGGUGCUGUGGCGUAUCGGCGCCCGGUGCGUCGCUCGCAAGCUCAGACAAUGGAGCGAACUCUGGUUGGACCAUUGCACGUUGGGAUCUGCGGCUGGACGAGCCGUCACAGACGCCCACUGCAGGGUGCACAUGGCUUGGAAUGAUGGAUGCCGCGCUUUCAUACAACAAGACCUCACUGCCUUUUUCGAUUCCCUGAGUGUGCCGGCAGUGGUCAUGGUCCUGAAUCGGCUGGGGGCACCCACAGCUUUGAAAACACUGCUGACAUCCUUCUAUCAUGAUGCUCGACGCAUUUUCCGGGUAGGCGGUGUUUGGGACACCGGGUGGUUUGAGCCCACCCGGGGUCUGCUGCAAGGCUGCCCAUUAAGCCCCGUGGUGGCGCUGGCUGUGGGUUGCAUUUGGUCUCGCUUUUGUCAGGUUCCAGGAGCUCAGAAUCUGAUUUAUGUUGACGACAGAAUGAUAUGGCCGGAUCAUUCAAUGCCCGACCCAGUGGCUGCGGUUUCUCUGGCGCUUCAUAAAAGCGACAUAUAUGAUGCUGCGUUUAAUUUUACCUGCAAGCCCAGCAAAUGUGGAGUAGCUGCUGCCCUCGAUGACCAUUCGUUGGAUGUAAUAGCUGAAAGGCGUGGAUACAAACGCACAAGCCAUCUUGAUAUCCUCGGUGUUCGAUUGGACCUACAAGUGCAAAAUGCUUCCCCGCUGAAACUUCAUCUCCGAGUACUGCUGUUGCGAUUGCACUAUCUUAAAGUCCUCGGCCCGAAUGCCGCUCACAAGAAGCUGGUUAUUCACAGCUUAGUCUUCUCGGCUGUUCUUUGGGCGGCAGGAGUUGCUGAGCCAUGCAGCCGGGAAAUCAGGGAGAUCCAAAAAGCCACCCGGGCCGUCUACAAACAGCACUGCACGGACGAAACUCCUGCGAUUCUGCUCUAUGAGGUCUUUGGCUGGGAUCUGAAUUUGCGGUGGGCGCUGGACAAAGCCGCCCUGAAAGCGUUAUGGCGUUACGUCUGCAAACCUCCUGAGUGGUUGGACACCUUGCCUUUGACAAAUGCUUUUCCUGCUUGGGGCGUCAUCUUUCCAAUGGCGCAAGAGGUCCUAGAGCGACUUAACUGGCAAGCGCUUGUCCGUGACAAGGCCCUUUCUCGAACUGACGACAACGGCGUGCAAAGGAAGUACUUCUUUGGAGUCGACUCUUUCAAAGUGCUCAUUCAAUGGCUCACUGAGGCGCACAGAUACAAGGCUAAGGGGCAAGGUAUGCUUUUGCUGGACAUCGUUCACUUGGACAGCCCAGCGCCUCCUUGGAAAUUCGUCGAGCUUGCCUGGCAACAGGAGGCACUGCUUGGUACCAUAAUGCUCGGCACGGCCUUCGUGCUAUCUCUGGACAAGCUGUUCUUUGCAGAUGUGGAGGAGCGAUUAUUUGGAGCACGGAUUCAAGAGUUUCCUGCUGCGCCAGCAGCUGGAAACGUGCAAAGGUUUGUGCAGCGCCUCGUUGAAGUCAUUUUGCGGGCACAGCUCAGUGAUCUUCUGCUGGUGGCAACGGAUGGCAGUUCGCAAGAUGACAUUGGGGCUUUUGCAAUUGUUGUUGAGAGUGAGAACGAACCUUUGGCCUGUGGGGACAGCCAUGAAGAUCAAAGCCCUUUUCGGCAGGAACUUCAGGCCAUCGUUUUCUUUCUUCAUGCGUCGCGGGUUGCCUGCAUCCACGGUGCCCGGAUUGCAGUUUUAGUCGAUUGCAAGUCGGCGAUCAAAGCCGUGCAAUCGCCGACCAACUGCUCAGCUCCACUGUUAGCCGGUCGUGCCCGUCGCGAUCUACUACAUCUCCGGGAGCAAGGCAACAUCAUCGAUUUUGUGUGGGUGCCUUCACAUGGAAAGAAAGAUGGAUGGCACCCGCCGACCCCUCUCGAGGCAACGAAGUGUAGGCGACUUAACCAAAUUGCGGACGAGGCCGCAAAUAAGGAGAGAGCUGCGCGCUGUGUGGACUCCUCGCGAGCCAAAUGGCAUCGAGCUUUUGAGUCCGCCGAAAAGCAAGAAAUCGCAAUCAUCCGAGCUGCGGCAGCAGCGUCAAAGGAACUUGAAGAGUACAUCCUGGCGACUCACGCAUGUGCAGUUUGCCUCGCGCAAGUUAUGUGGCUGUUCCUGAAGUGGAACGUUUCACGGACAGGUCUUGAUCCAGCAGCCCAGCACCUGUCCGAAAUGGGCAGGUUGGACAGGUCCCAGUCAAUUCUCGAUUUUUCUGCACAGUUGGAUUUCGUCGGAACAGAUCCUGUGACCUUCGAGGGCGAAUUGGAAAAGGAUUGCAGGCAACGGAAGCUCUUCGAGUGCCGCUGGUGGUGUAUGAGGCUGGCAAACGUGGACAAAACCCAUUUCCCACAAAGUGAUGUCUACAAUAUCAUCACCGCCAACCUUCGAGAUCUGUUUGCACACUGCUGCGACGUGGAUGCAUCUGUGAGCGAUGCUGCGCACCAUCUUAUUUGGAACCAUGGGUUGGGUGGCCUCCCAUUUGUGCAGCAAUUGAUUGCCGAAGCCAUGCUUGAAAGGAUGGAAGACCUGCUUCCAGAGUCCGUCGAAAUCAGCAAAGAGGCCUUGAAGCAGGCAAUGCGGUGUGCGACGAAUCUUACUACCGUUCUGCGCGCACUGACGAAGCCUCAGCGUCAGAAGUGGGUGUCCCUGCUGGUCAGAGCCCUCCAAAUUGAGGAGCAGGACCAAGUCCAGGAGACACUGCUAUCUUAUCUGAAGAUCCUGUGGCGAGUUGAUGACGAGCCCAGAGCAAGCUAUGCAGAAGCAGAGGAGCAACUGAAGGGUUUCUCAAUGCAUGCCAACAAGCAUUUGCAGAUGGAGAUUUGGCAGCUUCAAGCGUUGCUCUGCAUCAAGCUACAGCAGUGCGCAGCCGUCGCAGCCGUCGCAGCUACAGCUACUCUGUUGGACCAGUAUGUGUGGUCUCUCAUUGCGUGGAUCCAGCAGCUGAGCGCCGAGAACGAUCAGAUGGCUUUGUUCCAGUUGUUACACGAUGCAGCAGAUCAGAACGUUCAAUCGGCUCACAGGUCGAUCAGAGCAGCGUGUCUGACUGUGACUAGCAGCUGGUCAAAAUACAAUGUCCUGGAAGCCUUGCGCGCUUUGUCGGAUUGUGUUGGAGGUCGGUCGAAGAAGCUAUUCGCGGCAUGUCGUGGUGGUAGGUGCAUCACUCUUGACCAGGGCUACCACAAACUUUGGACGGACAACGCAAAUUUGCGCAAGUCGCUUCUCAGCUGCAGCUCGUUGGAUUCGCCGUUUCGCACUGCAAGUGCCAUCCUGGUAAGCGCGGGCUGGCAGGAUGUGGAACCGGCGCUGAGGUUCCAUGAUUAUCGCCGUGAGAACAGUGCCGGCUGGGCUGACACCGGGAAGCUUCGCAAAGCGCUACGCGUGCAGACAAUGGUUCAGGAGUGCCGGAAGCAACUUGUCGACAAGCUUCUGCUCCGAGAUGCAGCAUCUUUAGAUGAAUCUGACCUGACUGAGGAGUGCGGCUCCGACGAUGAGCGGCUCAAUACCAAGGAAGAUAGGCCUGGAGCGCUCCGGGCCAAGAUGGGCGUUCACGAGGGGAUGUCGAGUCCGGUUGAGCAAGCCAAGCAGCGAGAAAGCAGAGCCUCAAUGGACGCGAUUGGUGCACACGAGCUGGAUUCCGUCCCUGAGCAGACGCAGGCGGCCAUCGAUCCGUUUCAUCCGUCCUUCGAGGCUUUGCGACUUGGCCGCGAGCUGUUCUUCUGGUCUGCCAAAGACGAGCCCCUCCUCAUGGCAGCCCCUGCCAGGGAUGUCAAGGUUGCCGUGAGUCGCGUCGGCAGCGCACUCGCUCUAAACCCGGAAUGCCGCCUGCAGAAGGCUGAGCUAAAGCGCAAGAGCUGGGGCUCCGCUUCCACCCGGUCGGGCUCAUCGGAGGAUUCCUUGGAAGAGCUGCUGCUCAGUUGCAAGGAUAUUGUUCUGUGCAGUGAGCAUCCGUGGGUUCUGGACCCGUUCGUGGAUGACCUUAUCGAGUUGCGAGUGACUUCCUGGCAGACCAGAGGUCUUGGGGCUUACCAGCCUAAAGACCAUGCGAGCUUGAUGAGAAAGAUGGAAAAAGAUCUGCAGAACCAGAACCUUCUCUCUAUGGCCAAGGGGGUCGGCUACAAUCCCAGCACACGAGAGCCAAGUAGGGUUACUGUCCAGGGGGACAGUGGCGCUAUGAAAUUCCAUAUGAUGCCAAAGGAGUGGGGAGCUCGGGGCAUCCAAUCCUACAUUGAUUUUGAGCAAAUCGAGGCCAUGUGGGCCAAAACACAAACCGUGAAGCAGCGACACCUACUUAGGUGCAAGAAACAGCAGUCGUCCCUCAUUUCGAAGGGCUUUCCGUGCAGUUGUGCAUGGAUAUCUGGGAUGGAGCUAGGCGUGCUGCCAGAUGAGGACGCAUGGCUGGGCGAAGUUGCAGUGUCGCAUGAGGCCGAUGUCCUUAAUACGACGGCUGCUAAAAUGACAGCCCAUGAUGAGUUUGAGCUUUACUGCGUUCAGUCCGAACUAUUCGACAUGAUCGACGUGUGUUUUGAGUGUGAGCUUCAGACGUACCACAUCGCAGGGGAUGAGGAUACGAAGGAACCAGGCUCCCGACUCGAAGAUGUAUCGCUUUGGUGCGGCUAUACAAUCAAGGACGGUCAUGGUAGUGCCAGUGUUCAUCCGGGUAAGGGUUUCGAACAAGCCCUCUUCCAAGACCCGUUCCUGGUUGAGCCUGACUGUUAUGCUGAGCCUCCAAAGUGCGAACCGUCAAUUUCAUGCACACCUACUUCAACUUCAAGUUUCUCAUGUUUUGCGGGCGGAGUCACUUUCUUUGCUGCGGUGCUCGAGGAUUGGGGUUUCAACCCGUGGAGCGGGUGCAGAGUGGGGGAAGCGAAAAACCCAGGACCUGCUGCUAUGUCCAUUCUGGGAGCUGACUUCCUGGAAGAGAUCAAGAUCAUGAUACGGGAAAUGGUUCAACAGGCAAUCCGUGAGGCUUUCACUGCUGGCCCGUCUCCCAGUGCCCGAGAUGGGGCUCGCGAAUGCAAUGAGUCUAACGACGAUGAAGGCAAGCGCAAAAGGCGACGACGUGAUGGCAAAGGCGAAGGGGGCAAAUCAGGACAACCAGAGCAACAGGCGAGUGGUGCUGAUCUUCGCAGUUCUGAUGCUUCCUCAGGGACUACACCUAGCAGGGGUAAAGGCAAAGGAAGUUCGGGCGCUGCGCGCAAGGUCCUUUUGUCUGACGCCGCUGACAAGCAGACCAAACAAUCCGGCCAUAAAUCCCCAGACAAGGAUGGAUGGAUCAAGGUGCAACGAGCCCCGCCAGUAGGUGAUUUCAAGCUUCGACCUCAAGACUGGGAUUCAACUAUCGUCCAAGUCGACAAUUUCGCUUCUGAGUUGGAUAGUGCAGCGAACGAUGCUGUUUUCAAAGCAGUGGUAUUGUGCAAUACUGAGGAGCAGGAGCUGAUCAAUACUAUGUUGGCAGGCACGGCGAAGAAACAUAGUGUGCUCACCAUUGUCUUGGGCAAGUGUGACAAGGCUCAGCGCAUUCCAGGUAAGAUUGGAGACCGUCUUUGUUUUCGAGAUGGAUUGGCCACGAAAAUCACCUCGCAGAACACCGCGGCCCCACAGCCUACAGGAACGAAACAGCAACAGGUCCAGAUCGCAACCAAGGCUACACAGGUCAUCAGUGUGCGAGUCCCGUCUCUUUUCAUGGAGCGGGAAAAAUGGGACAUGUUUGCAAAAAAUCCAUCAAAGUCAAUAGUGCAAUGGUGCGGGGACCAUCACGUGCAAACCAUUGACACUUUUGCGUGGAAGGAGGAACAAGAUCAGCGCAUGGGCCGUCAGCUAUACGGGUUGGUACGCUUACUACAAGUGGACGUGACUACAAUUCUUCGUGCUUCAGGUCAUGGGGGAAUUUUUAUUGAAGACAUUUCUCGGAAAACUCGGGCCGCGGUAGAGUGGAUCUCCCGUAUCUCAUCGGACGAGCAACACCACUCAUAUUUGGGACGCGCCCUCAGAGCCACAGGGGACCUGGGUUUAGUGGUCCGGGGCAAACAGUUGGGUUGGCGACGGUCGGUCAAGGCGGAUGAGGCAGUGGCCACAGUAUGGAUGCUGGAAUCCAUCCCCAAGGAGUGGGACACGGACCAAAUUAAGGAAGUUUUGAGGACAUCCUUUCAAAACGUUACCCUGAUCAAGCAAAGACAUGUGAAAGGAUGGCGCACCUGUUGGUUUAGGGGUGCUUUGCAGGCCAAGGAUAAUCGAGAUCUCGUGCCGGUAGCUGUUGAGUACAUGGGUGCUGCUAUGACGCUAUGGGCAGUUCUUGCACCUCCCCGCAACACACCUCGCAAACAAAGGCCGCUUCGAGGAGCAACCAUGAGCUUGGAGGCCAAACGGUCAAUACUAGACCCAAUUGCGGAAGCUGCAGGUGUGACUGGUGGGACAGAGGUAUCGCAGAAUGCACAGAAAGAGGAGUCUGUCGCCAAGAGACCUAAGGUUGAGAAACGCAAGAUACCGACUGGAACAAAAUUGCAAAGCAUGCCUGGUGAUGGAUCUUGCGGUUUUCAUUGCUUUGCUGAGGGCCUGAAGAUUUUGUCGAAAGACAAACAAGUUGUUCAUCCUCGGGAGAUGCGAGCAAAAGUUGCGGCCCAUCUCCAGCGAUAUGAGAAGGAGUACGUGCAUAUGUGGGAUGGAACAGGACCGAGUGGACAGAAGCUGCCUUCAUGGAAUGAGUAUGUUGAGGCUGUGUCCAAAGAAUCCGCAUAUAUCUCGGAGAUGGAGAUUGCAGCCUUAUGCCGGAUUUAUGAUAUCCGGGCCAUUUUAGUGCCGGAAUGUGCAUCUUUCCCUCCAGUCACAUUUCACAUUAAGCAGCAAAAGCGAGUCAUCGGUUUGUGGCACACGCAUCAACACCUUGACCUCUUGCUACCUGAUGGUCAGACAGGCUACCCAAAGGAACUGCUGGAGGUCAAGAACGGGCCAACUUUUGGCGUUCGAGUUGGAGGCGCAGAGUCUGAAGCUGGUACCGUUUGGACUUCGAGGGCCUCUCAGGUAAAAGGAGCCAACAUAGUCCCUAGCAGUAAGCGUUCUUUGGAAGGUACCGUGUGGACUAACAAGACGGCUCGCAGUAGCGCAGCUGGCAAACGCAACGCAACUUCGCAGCCGGAUGGACUAGACAGCAGGCCUCAUGGAACUGCCUGCCAGCGCACUAUUUGGACGACAAGUGCCAAUUCCCUCCCGAACCUGCCGGCCAACCCCGACCUCGAACAUGACAUCGAUGCUUUGGAUAGCAUGAUCUCGGAGAGCUUGCUUGACUCAAAUAAUAGCAUCCAAUCCAACAAGAAGCGCAAAUGUCCUUGGCGUGUUCGAGACCCGAUGCCAGUUGAUAAGAUUUUUCGAUGUAAGCUCUGUCCCUUCCAGAAACCGGUCAAGGACGCCAAGAGUUACAUCAACUGCCGAGCUAAGCACUGCAACACACAUCAUGAAGGCAAAGGUCUACCAGGAAAGCAUUUCCGACCCAUGAUGGAGAACGUGAACGGGGACCUUGAACGUUUCUUUUGGAAGUGCCCAAUCUGUCGAAAAGGCGUCACUAAGGAACUAAGGGCGAAGAUCAACGCGAAGGCCUUUGCCGCUAUGAAACGCGCCCAUGGAGCUGAGCAGCAUCCUCGAAUCGAUCGGGCACGAUGGUUGAAAAUAGCCAAGAAGCCCAUGGACAAGGCCAAAGUCUCAAAGAAGCACCGGUUCCAGAAGCUGAAUGCCAAAGUGGUCAAUCACCUGCAGGCGCCGCCAGUGCCAACGACAAAAUUUCGCAUGUAUAUUUGGCCACAUGCCAAGUGCACCAAGAAGAAGAUUACAGGCCUUGAGUGCGAGUUCCACCUUGUCAGCAUCUUCCUCAAAAUCGCGAGUUUGAAUGUCAUUCGUAAAGGUGUGUCCCUCUCCAACCUCAUUGAUGAUUUUGCCAGUGGAAUUGGUGCAGAGUUACUUUCAAUACAGGAAGCUGAUGUGAAUCCGCUGUCCAAACUUGGCUACUUGAAGGAAUGGAGAAGCCUUGGAGCCACCGCUAUCCUGAGUCAGCUGGAUGAUGGCGCCAACUCGCACAGGGUAGCACUGGUCUCCAAAUUGCCCAUUCAGCCGGUGACCCUGAAAACCGAAUUGGCCUCCACUAGAUACUCUGCGGGUCUCAUUGAUUGCCGCAUUUCUGGCCGAAUUUCAAAGGUCCUGAUGGUUGCUUUUUAUGGAUUUCCCAAUGACGCACAUGCCACUUCUCAAGCUCUGUUGGAGGUUUUUGAAGCUGUUAAGAGGUUUGGUGGUGCUUUCAUUUUAUUGGGGGAUUACAACAUGACCCAGGAGGAGGGCGCCGUCAGAGAUUUACUGAUGGAGGGAAGUGCUCGAUCCUUGGAUGAGAUGUUUUUGGGCCCCCUUCCCCCUACAAAUCCGCUGAACACCAGACGUAUAGAUUUUGGCUUGGCAGACUCCACGGUGUUGGCCACGGACGUCCAACAUUUCAGGCGUUGUGAGCUUUCUGACCAUGCCAUCAUCUGCUAUAGUCUCGACAGCAGUGCUCUUUCCACUGGCCAUGCGCAGCCAACCUUCGCAAAUUUGUCCCAAAAUGAUCCUGAAAAAAUUGCCCAAUCGUUUGAGCUGAGCUGGGACAUCCACCGGUUUGAUAGUUACCUUGACUCUGGCGACCUGGAUGAAGCGUGGCGCCUUUUGUCAGAUGCUGGGGAGGCCUCGCUGGCCAACAAGGAAAAUGCCGGACAGUGCCAGGUGUUCGAGGCCUUCGAAGACUCACCACACGCCUCCGCCAACUUCACCAACAACGGCAUUGUGAUGAUCUACGUGAGGAACAAGAGGCUAGGGUCCAACAGUGGCGAUCACGCAGAUGAGGCCCUUCGAGCUGAGCAGCAACCGCCCCCUAUUGAGUCAGCGCCGGUGUCUAUUCAUCCCACGCUGGUCCUCAAAACCCAGGGCAAGAACUGGAAGGAGAAAUGGACUGCCAAACCUGGUGACAUCAACUUUCAGGCCAUCAGGGAAAUCUUGGAGGAAGUGCCCCAAGUCCAGCCUUCCGAAAUUCAGUUGCAGAUGACUGCCUUGGAACUCAAGGAGGCAGCGAAGCAAAUGAUAAAUAAAGCCACCGGAGCGGACCAAUGGUCCGCGAAAUCGAUGUUGCGACUAGCAGAGCAAUGGUGGGAUGGACUAUGUCGACUGUGGAACAAAAUCAUUGUUCUGGGAUAUAUACCUCGACUUUGGAGGCGGGCGGUUAUUAUCCUGUUGCCAAAGAAAGUCGAUGAAACACGUCCCAUAGCAUUAAGCUCGGUGCUGUGGCGUAUCGGCGCCCGGUGCGUCGCUCGCAAGCUCAGACAAUGGAGCGAACUCUGGUUGGACCAUUGCACGUUGGGAUCUGCGGCUGGACGAGCCGUCACAGACGCCCACUGCAGGGUGCACAUGGCUUGGAAUGAUGGAUGCCGCGCUUUCAUACAACAAGACCUCACUGCCUUUUUCGAUUCCCUGAGUGUGCCGGCAGUGGUCAUGGUCCUGAAUCGGCUGGGGGCACCCACAGCUUUGAAAACACUGCUGACAUCCUUCUAUCAUGAUGCUCGACGCAUUUUCCGGGUAGGCGGUGUUUGGGACACCGGGUGGUUUGAGCCCACCCGGGGUCUGCUGCAAGGCUGCCCAUUAAGCCCCGUGGUGGCGCUGGCUGUGGGUUGCAUUUGGUCUCGCUUUUGUCAGGUUCCAGGAGCUCAGAAUCUGAUUUAUGUUGACGACAGAAUGAUAUGGCCGGAUCAUUCAAUGCCCGACCCAGUGGCUGCGGUUUCUCUGGCGCUUCAUAAAAGCGACAUAUAUGAUGCUGCGUUUAAUUUUACCUGCAAGCCCAGCAAAUGUGGAGUAGCUGCUGCCCUCGAUGACCAUUCGUUGGAUGUAAUAGCUGAAAGGCGUGGAUACAAACGCACAAGCCAUCUUGAUAUCCUCGGUGUUCGAUUGGACCUACAAGUGCAAAAUGCUUCCCCGCUGAAACUUCAUCUCCGAGUACUGCUGUUGCGAUUGCACUAUCUUAAAGUCCUCGGCCCGAAUGCCGCUCACAAGAAGCUGGUUAUUCACAGCUUAGUCUUCUCGGCUGUUCUUUGGGCGGCAGGAGUUGCUGAGCCAUGCAGCCGGGAAAUCAGGGAGAUCCAAAAAGCCACCCGGGCCGUCUACAAACAGCACUGCACGGACGAAACUCCUGCGAUUCUGCUCUAUGAGGUCUUUGGCUGGGAUCUGAAUUUGCGGUGGGCGCUGGACAAAGCCGCCCUGAAAGCGUUAUGGCGUUACGUCUGCAAACCUCCUGAGUGGUUGGACACCUUGCCUUUGACAAAUGCUUUUCCUGCUUGGGGCGUCAUCUUUCCAAUGGCGCAAGAGGUCCUAGAGCGACUUAACUGGCAAGCGCUUGUCCGUGACAAGGCCCUUUCUCGAACUGACGACAACGGCGUGCAAAGGAAGUACUUCUUUGGAGUCGACUCUUUCAAAGUGCUCAUUCAAUGGCUCACUGAGGCGCACAGAUACAAGGCUGUGAUGGAAUGUGGUAUGCUUUUGCUGGACAUCGUUCACUUGGACAGCCCAGCGCCUCCUUGGAAAUUCGUCGAGCUUGCCUGGCAACAGGAGGCACUGCUUGGUACCAUAAUGCUCGGCGCGGCCUUCGUGCUAUCUCUGGACAAGCUGUUCUUUGCAGAUGUGGAGGAGCGAUUAUUUGGAGCACGGAUUCAAGAGUUUCCUGCUGCGCCAGCAGCUGGAAACGUGCAAAGGUUUGUGCAGCGCCUCGUUGAAGUCAUUUUGCGGGCACAGCUCAGUGAUCUUCUGCUGGUGGCAACGGAUGGCAGUUCGCAAGAUGACAUUGGGGCUUUUGCAAUUGUUGUUGAGAGUGAGAACGAACCUUUGGCCUGUGGGGACAGCCAUGAAGAUCAAAGCCCUUUUCGGCAGGAACUUCAGGCCAUCGUUUUCUUUCUUCAUGCGUCGCGGGUUGCCUGCAUCCACGGUGCCCGGAUUGCAGUUUUAGUCGAUUGCAAGUCGGCGAUCAAAGCCGUGCAAUCGCCGACCAACUGCUCAGCUCCACUGUUAGCCGGUCGUGCCCGUCGCGAUCUACUACAUCUCCGGGAGCAAGGCAACAUCAUCGAUUUUGUGUGGGUGCCUUCACAUGGAAAGAAAGAUGGAUGGCACCCGCCGACCCCUCUCGAGGCAACGAAGUGUAGGCGACUUAACCAAAUUGCGGACGAGGCCGCAAAUAAGGAGAGAGCUGCGCGCUGUGUGGACUCCUCGCGAGCCAAAUGGCAUCGAGCUUUUGAGUCCGCCGAAAAGCAAGAAAUCGCAAUCAUCCGAGCUGCGGCAGCAGCGUCAAAGGAACUUGAAGAGUACAUCCUGGCGACUCACGCAUGUGCAGUUUGCCUCGCGCAAGUUAUGUGGCUGUUCCUGAAGUGGAACGUCUUGAUCCAGCACCUGUCCGAAAUGGGCAGGUUGGACAGGUCCCAGUCAAUUCUCGAUUUUUCUGCACAGUUGGAUUUCGUCGGAACAGAUCCUGUGACCUUCGAGGGCGAAUUGGAAAAGGAUUGCAGGCAACGGAAGCUCUUCGAGUGCCGCUGGUGGUGUAUGAGGCUGGCAAACGUGGACAAAACCCAUUUCUCACAAAGUGAUGUCUACAAUAUCAUCACCGCCAACCUUCGAGAUCUGUUUGCACACUGCUGCGACGUGGAUGCAUCUGUGAGCGAUGCUGCGCACCAUCUUAUUUGGAACCAUGGGUUGGGUGGCCUCCCAUUUGUGCAGCAAUUGAUUGCCGAAGCCAUGCUUGACCGGAUGGAAGACCUGCUUCCAGAGUCCGUCGAAAUCAGCAAAGAGGCCUUGAAGCAGGCAAUGCGGUGUGCGACGAAUCUUACUACCGUUCUGCGCGCACUGACGAAGCCUCAGCGUCAGAAGUGGGUGUCCCUGCUGGUCAGAGCCCUCCAAAUUGAGGAGCAGGACCAAGUCCAGGAGACACUGCUAUCUUAUCUGAAGAUCCUGUGGCGAGUUGAUGACGAGCCCAGAGCAAGCUAUGCAGAAGCAGAGGAGCAACUGAAGGGUUUCUCAAUGCAUGCCAACAAGCAUUUGCAGAUGGAGAUUUGGCAGCUCCACUACUGCUGA